AUGGACCAGUGGUCGGUUCACGUAGCAGAGCUGAUAGGCGUUUUAUACGCUGUCAGUACAGUGUUCAAGAUCAGCCAUCAGCGGCCAAGAACGGAACAUAACGGAAUAACAAGGGCAACGAUCCUCUGCGACAGCGGAUCAGCCUUGCAAGCGUUCCAGAACCCAGGUAACAAACCAGGACAACGCAUCAUUCACGCGAUCCUCCAAGCAGCCACAGAGGCUCAAGCAACGGGAAUCGCGCUCCGUCUCCAAUGGAUACCCGGACACUGCGAUAACCCAGGAAACGACGCAGCAGACCGGCUGGCCAAAGACGCGGCAAGCCCGGGCAAAUCACAUCCCUUCCGCCCUCUGCUGCCAAGGACGAAGGCGCUUAUUCGCGACAACAUCCGCGCUCAGUAG